ACAUGACAUCAUGUCCAAGUAUCAGAACCACCCAUUUCUAGCUUCCACAUCCAUGGCGGUUCGCGCCAUGAACACCUGCGUUAUUUUCCGCUCCGCCGCAACGCCGCCGUUAGUCCGAUUAACCACCGCCUCUUCUCGACAUAAAAACCGUUCGAAUUCACAUUCAUUUCUCCGUUAUCCUCUCAUCAGCCACGUGGCAAUUCGGAGUUAUUCAGUUGUCGAAAUGGUCAUGGAAGAACUUGCUUCUAUACGUAAACGUGGCGGCAGAGUUCGAGCUACUAGCAAGCUGGAAUUAGCAAGCACAGGAGAGCUGCUUGAGGAUAAGUUGAAAAAAGGGACACUACAAAAAGGAUUAUUGCUGGAGUUUAAGAAGGAUUCUGAAAGGUUGUUGCUAGCAGUUGCUCUUAAACCUGAUGGAAAAAAGAAUUGGAUGGUCUCCGAUCAGAAUGGGAUUACAACCUCCAUUAAGCCACAACAAGUAACUUUUAUUGUUCCUGGUGUUGAAAACUUUGAGCCCACAGAAGUAUCAGAAUUUGUGCAGAAAGCUCAUGAUAACUUGGAUCCAGCACUGCUUGAAUUUGCGUGGAAUGAGCUUGUCGAGAAAAAUAAAUCAGUAACAGUUCAGGAACUAGCUGAGAUGAUUUUUGGUAGUGCGGAGCCUCUUGAGACCUAUUGCGCCCACCUGCUAUUAUCAAGAGAUGAGGUGUACUUUUCAGUUCUGGAGUCGAAAGGUCUUUCUGUAUAUGGACCUCGGACUGCUACCCAGGUGGAUGAAUUUUUGCGAAGGAAGCUUGCUAAACAGGCAGCUGAGAAGGAGUUUGCGGAACUUAUACAGUUAUUGCGAUCUGCUAAACAAAUGCCUCCUCAGGACAAACCCCCAAGAUCGUCCUGGAAGACUGAAGAGAGAACUUGGCGCAGGAUAGAAUCUCUUGAAGCUUUUGCCAUUGAUUUUUGCAAAAACGAAGAUCAAACGAAAACAGCUGGGAUGAUUUUGAAGGCCAUGGGACUAGCGAAGACUUCAUCUGCAGCAAUGAAUCUCCUCAUAGAUAUUGGGUAUUUUCCUGUACAUGUGAAUCUUGAUUUGUUGAAGUUAAACCUCCCUACUGAUCAUCGAGACGAGAUUCUGUUGGCCGCAGAGAGUCUUUUGUCUGCAUCAACAGACCUUGAUGAGGCUGAUAGAAUAGACCUGACUCACCUGAAGGUUUACGCGAUUGAUGUUGAUGAGGCUGAUGAGCUUGAUGACGCAUUGAGUGCAACAAGGCUGCAGGACGGACGGAUUAAAAUCUGGAUACAUAUUGCAGAUCCUACUAGUUUAGUUCAGCCAGGAAGCAUAAUAGACAAAGAAGCAAGAAGAAGAGGAACUUCAAUAUUUUUGCCUGGUGCAACAUAUCCAAUGUUCCCUGAAAGGUUGGCCAUGGAAGGCAUGAGUCUGAAGCAAGGAAAGCUGUGUAAUGCUGUUACUGUUUCCGUUGUGCUGCGGUCUGAUGGAAGCAUUGCAGAAUACUCGGUGGAAAACUCAAUCAUCAAACCAACAUAUAUGUUGACAUAUGAGAGUGCAACAGAGCUCCUUCAUUUGAAUCUGGAAGAAGAGAUUGAAUUGAAAAUUCUUUCUGAAGCAGCUGCACUCCGGUUAAGAUGGCGUCGAGAACAGGGUGCUAUAGACACGGCCACCUUAGAUAACCGAAUUAAGGUGACUAAUCCAGAUCAUCCAGAGCCAUCAAUCAAGCUGUAUGUUGAAAACCAGGCUGAUGCCGCUAUGAGGCUUGUUACUGAGAUGAUGAUACUCUGUGGGGAAGUUAUAGCCACUUUUGGUUCGCAUAACAACAUCCCUUUACCAUACCGAGGACAGCCUCAAUCUAAUAUCGACACGUCUGCAUUUGCACACCUUCCAGAAGGACCCGUCAGGAGUGCUGCUAUUGUUCGAACUUUGCGUGGCGCUGAAAUGAAUUUCAGGAAUCCUAUACGCCAUGGGGUGUUGGGACUUCCAGGCUAUGUUCAGUUUACCUCCCCUAUUCGAAGAUAUAUGGAUCUCGCAGCCCAUUACCAGGUAAAAGCCUUUCUUAGUGGAGAUUCUUCUCCCUUCUCAGCUGGUGAGCUGGAAGGCAUUGCGUCUACAGUAAACAUGACAACCAGAGUUGUAAAGAGGCUCUCCAGCAGCAGUCUUCGUUAUUGGACAUUGGAAUACUUGAGAAGGCAACCGAAAGGAAAACGGUAUCGUGCCCUGGUCCUUAGAUUCGUCAAAGACCGAGAAGCUGCAAUACUGUUGACGGAGAUUGGAGUUCAUGCUUCUUCACGGGUGUCUAAUGGUGUACAAAUUGGUGAUGAAGUACAUGUGCAAGUUGAAGAAGCUCAUCCACGUGAUGAUGUUCUCACUCUUAAGGAGGUUGAGGCGGUAUAGGAUAUUUGUUUGUGGAAACCGGAGAGCUUAUGAUGGAGACAACCAUACCUAACAUUUCGUUGCAACAGUUAACAGAAUAGUUCCUUGUGCAUGUGUUUAGAUAACUUCUCUCUAAUGUGGGCUUUCAAAGAGUUCAUACCUUGGAAUUGAAAUAUCAUUACAACCAGUGUCAGUUGAGGGCCUCAAGAAGCUCUUAUAAUAAUUCUCAUGUCAAUGACAAGUUAUAGUUGAUCUACAUGUUGGAGAUGCAAAAACAUAAGGCCAAUUACGUUUCUCACUGUUGUCUAUGUUUGAGCUUUGGAAGUGCUGAUAAUAUCUGGACAGCCUAAUUGAGUAUCAAUCAUCUAUAUUUUGAGGUUUGACUGAGCUGUACAGAUUUUGGUCAAUAUGUACCAGUUUUCGAUCAGUCUCUUUUGUCUCAUAUCAUCAAGUUCAGUGAUGGUCGGGAUUUCAUAGAGGAUAGGAUUUGUUGUUACUUUGUUACGCGAAUAUAAGCAAAGUGAUCCCAGAAGGAAGAGAGGAAAAGGAUACAACAUACAUGUAUGUAAAUGCAUUAAGGUUCAAUUUCCUACAUAUCAUACCCAUUAUGUCUUCAUCCCGUGCACUAUUCUUUGAUUGUUGAACCUCAUUGCCUUUAUGGAGCCACAAAAUGUAAAAGGUAUUUCUCAUUCUUUGCAUUGAACUUUCCCAAUGCAAGUAAAAAAUGCAUGGAUUGUAUAAGUUUAAUCCUUUAAACUGUUCAUUUU